UUGUUCACCAAAAUACUUUUGAAUUCCUCUUCAAGCAACUUUGAUUAAUCAAGCUUAAUUAAUAUUUUCUUUCUAUAAAAUAAACAAUCUGCCACUCUAUAUAAGGUGGUGAUAUGGCCUCCCUUCAACCUGUGUACAAAAUUAUCCACCUCUCAUCAACCUAGAACAGAAAAACCAAAAGGAAAAAACAAAAAAAAAAUCUUAAGAUGGAUUUUUCCAUUGUUAAGCAAAUUUCUAACAACUAUGUCAAGCCAAAAUAUGAGGUUAAAGAAUCAAAAAAACCUUAUCACUUAGCUCCACUAGACCUAAUUAUGCUUUCUUUUCAGUAUAUCCAAAAUGGUCUUCUCUUCAUCAAACCUUCACAUGUAAAUGGCCAAGUAUUUUCGAUCCACUCGUUCCUUGAAAGUCUCAAAGAAUCUCUUUCUCAUACCCUUGUCCAUUUCUAUCCAUUAGCCGGUCAGCUUGUCAUACAGACCGAUGAUGACCAACAUGAAUGUCGCAUCUAUGUUGAUUGUAACAAAGGCCCUGGGGCAUGGUUUAGCCAUGCCUCGGCUUUGGACAUAACUGUUUCUGAUAUUUUGUCACCAAAUGAUGUUCCCUUGGUAGUCAGGUCAUUUUUUUACUACAAUGAGGCGACUGUAAACUAUGACGGUCACACAAAACCUUUGUUAUCAGUUCAGGUUACUGAGCUCCUAGAUGGGGUCUUUAUCGCGUGUUCAAUCAACCAUGUUGUUGCAGAUGGAACUUCAUACUGGCACUUUUGGAAUGUAUGGUCUGAAAUACAUAGAGCCAAAGGACAGCAAAUUUCUGUGUCGCGUUUGCCAGUGCACAACCGUUGGUUUCCUGAUGGAUGUGCUCUGCCUAUUCCCCUGCCAUUUACCCACCAAGACGAGUUUAUAAAAAGAUUUGAAGCUCCUGAACUCCGAGAAAAGGUCUUCCAUUUCUCGUCUGAGUCCAUAGCCAAUGUAAGAGCCAAAGCAAACGAUGAAAGUAAAACUGAUACAAUUUCUUCCUUCCAAGCCCUGUCUGCUCUUGUCUGGAGGUCAAUGGUUCGAGCAAACAUUCUACCGCGUGAUCAAAUUCUCUACAACUACAUGUACGCGAGUAACAGGCACAGGUUAAACCCGCCUUUACCUCAGAAUUACUUCGGUGCUUGUAUUACAGGAAUCACUACAAAAACUACAGCGGGUGAAUUACUCGAAAACAGCUUAGGAUGGGCAGCAUCUCUGUUGCACCAGUCCGUAGUAAAUCUGACUGAUAAAUUUAUACGCGAUUUUGUCAAAGAAUGGUUAGAAUCACCUUAUUGCUACCACCUUGAAGACCUGCAUGACUAUAACACUAUAGCCAUAGAACAUUCGCCAAGAUUCGACAUGUAUGGCAAUGAAUUCGGACUAGGGAAACCGGUUGCAGUCCGAAAUGGACCAGCAAAUAAAGCUGUUGGGGUUGUGAUUGCUUACCCUGGAUAUGAAGGAGGUGGAAGUGUGGAUCUUGAGAUAUGUUUGCCUCCUGAUUCGAUGAGAGCUCUCGAAACAGACGACGAAUUCAUGGCUGCAGUCUCAUCACCUAAGUUCUAUAAUUAAGGAUUAAGUUUUUGUAGUCCAUGUUUUGAUUGUUCUCAAGUUCAGACCUGUUUGUUGUCAUCUUUGUAAUUUAUUAUACAGAGAAUUGAAGGUGUUUUCUUUGUUUUGUGAAGCCAAUAAUAAUAUAAGUUCAAUAAUAUGUUCUUGUUAUUAUUAU